AUGGAGAGGGAGCCAGUCGAGGGGGAGGAAGAGGAAGAGGAGGAGGUGGCGUGCGAGUGCUGCGGCUUCACGGAGGAGUGCACGGCGCCGUACAUCGCGGGCGUGCGCGCGCGGUACGGCGGGCGGUGGAUCUGCGGCCUGUGCGGGGAUGCGGUCGGCGAGGAGCUCGGGCGCGCGUCCCCUCCCAUCUCCCCCGCCGAGGCGCUGGACCGCCACGCCUGCGUCUGCCGCGGGGCGUCCGCGCCGCCGUCGCCCGCGGGCAGCCCCGACGACCUCAUCGCCGCGCUGCGCCUGCUCCUGCGCCGCAGGCUCGGGUCCCCGCCGCCGCCGGCGCCCAGGAAGGCGCGCUCCACGCCGAGCAGCCCGAGGCGCGAUGCCGCCCCCGGCGGCAUCUCCGUCGUCGCGGCCGUGGCCAAGGGGCUGCCGGAAGCUCGCUGGCGCGCACGGGGAGCUGCUUCGCCGCGCUCGUCGAAUGAGGAAGAAAUCGAAGAUGCUUGA